AUAACUUCAAUAAGUUCAUCUCGACUUUUAAAGCUUAAACAUGGAUGUGGGCCUCGUGGAUUUAGCCUUGUCCCUGUGCCAGACCAUCUACAAAAUGGCUGUGAAAAUGAAGAGCAACAAGGAGCGCUGCCAUCAAAUAGCUCAGAGAGUCCAGGCCCUGGAGGGACUGGUUCUCAACAUCAAACAAAGAGGGCCCAGCCGAAUCUCUGCCUCUGUGAAGAACGCUCUGAGGGAACUCUGCAGCACUCUGGACUCUGCUACGACACUGAUGGAGAAAUUCUCAAAAUCAAAUGCUUUUAUGAGCUUCGUCAAAUCCAGCAAUCACGAAGACAAGUUCCACGCGGUGGACAAAAGACUAACUGAUAAUUACCAGGUACUGUCUGCAGCUCUACUUAUCGAGCAGGGGAACACGCUGCACAAAGUGUAUAAAAGUGUUUCGAGAAAUAGAAACUUGUAUACUAGACCCACAGCCGCUGAGACUUUCUCCAGCACCAUGCCCCCCGUGACCACGUCAGGGCCCACAACUUCCACGCCAGUCUUCAGCACCAUGCCGCCAAUGAGCCCUGGAAGUCUGACACCUUUCCCCUGUAUCGUGCCUCCCUCCAUGCCUCUACAUGGAACCGUCAUCUCUACCCCUUUCUCUACCACCGUUGUCUCCAAUCCUGUCUUUCCCUACAUGCCGUCAAUUCAUUCAUCACAAAAUGCAUCCGCUUUAACAAACUACAGCUGCAGCCCUUACUCCCUCUAUUAUGGGUAA